AUGGAGUACAAAGAUGAGUUGAAGAAGAAGGAAGCGGGCGACAGCGAUGCGCUGGAGUCUGUGCUUGCACACGUGGGCGAGAUGGGCCGCUACCAGAGGUUCCUCUUCGUGGCCAUGCUCCCCUUCGGCGUCUUCUUCGCGUUCGUGUACUUCGGGCAGAUGUUCAUCACCGCGACGCCCCAGCGGCACUGGUGUCGGGUGCCGGAGCUCCAGCACUUGGAUAUGGGGAUGAGGAGAAAUCUUACGGUGCCUCGGCUCGAGGGCGGCUGGUCCCAGUGCGCGAUGUACAACGCAAACUGGUCCCUUGUCCUGGAGACAAUGACGCCGCCGGACCCCUCCACGGAGACGGUGCGGUGCCGCGACGGCUGGGAGUUCGAACUCGGCGAUAUUCCGUACCGCACAGUUGUCAGCGAGCGCGGUUGGGUGUGUGAGUAUUCUGGCUUCGCACCGCUUGCGCAAACUAUAUUCUUCGUCGGCUCCUUGACUGGAGGGGUUUUCUUCGGCUGGAUAGCAGACAGAUACGGAAGGGUGCCUGCGUUGGUUGGGACAAACUUGAUCGCGUGUGUCGGCGGUUUGGGCACUGUCUACACUACUGGCCUGUGGGAUUUUAUCUUCUGCCGAUUUCUAGUGGGAAUGUCCUUCGACAACUGCUUUAUGAUGAUGUACAUACUUGUGCUGGAGUACGUGGGGCCGAAGCACAGGACGUGGGUGGCCAACAUGUCCAUAGCGUUGUACUUCGGCGGCGGCUGCCUGAUGCUGCCCUGGCUGGCGUACUUCAUCGCCGACUGGCGCCACUUCCUCUGGGUCACCUCGUUGCCAAUGGCCCUGACCGUCUUCGCGCCGCUCGUGAUACCCGAGAGCGCUAGAUGGCUUGCGUCGCGCGGAAAGGUGAACCAAGCAGUCAAAAUUCUGCGAAGAUUCGAGAAAAUCAACGGGACAAAAAUCCCUCAAGAUGUCUUGGAUGACUUUAUCGUGUCGUCUUCUCAAACUAGACGCACGGGCGAGAGCAUCGUCGACGUGUUCAAGAGCGUGCCCCUUCGCAACACGAUGAUCUUCAUGGUAGUGAUAUUCAUGGCGUGCGCGGUCAUCUUCGACGGGCUGGUGCGCAUGUCCGAGGGCCUGGGGCUCGACUUCUUCGUCACCUUCACGCUGACCUCCGCGACGGAAAUACCCUCAGUGACGCUGGUGGCCAUUGUGCUGGACAGGUGGGGACGCAGGAAGCUUACCAUAGUACCGAUCUGUAUGGCUGGCGUACUGGCGAUCGUUGCCGCAUUUGUGUCUAAAGGGAUACCCCAAGUGGUGCUGGCGAUCGCGGCCCGCUUCUCCGUCAACAUGAGCUACAACGCGGUGGUGCAGUGGUCCACGGAGCUGCUGCCGACGGGCGCGCGCGCGUCCGGCUCGUCGCUGAUCCACGUCAGCGGCUACGUCUCCACCAUGCUGUCGCCAUUCUUGGUCUACUCGGAGCGGGUGUGGAAACCGCUGCCCCUGCUCAUCAUGGGCGUGACGGCCCUGACGGUGAGCAGCUUCGGCUUCCUGCUGCCGGAGACGAUGGGCCGCCCCAUGCCGCAGACGAUAGACGAGGGCGAGAGAUUUGUCAGGUCUCACGCGAUAUGCGGACAAGCUGUGGAUGAUGAAGAUGACAUCAAGCAUGAAAAACAGAAAGCUCUUAUCACG